AUGCGAAGAAUAGUCGGUCAGUGUCCUGCUGACAUCGUCUUAGCACUAUCAGACCUCUUGACUAAUCUCGAGUACGCUGACAAUGUUAUAUUCGUGGAAAGCAGUAUGAAACUUCAACAUGUUGUCAACCUUGUAUCGAAGCCUAUGGACUACGUGUACGCUUUGAUAAGCGCAAGCAGAUGUGGGCUCUUGGAUAUCUCAAAGUCAGGGUGGAACGGACAACCAAUCGUAUUCGUCGAUAACUUCUCUUACCUGGGCUGUAUGCUGAAGAACAACGGCAGCUACAAAAAAGAUGUUCAGCAAAGGUGCGCUAAGGCUACUUUUGCAUUUAACUCCUUAAAGGCAGCAUACCAAGAAUCUGAGGUGGCGCGGAUUUCAGGUGGAGUAUCCGUAUACGGGGCCGUGUAUUAUGGAGACCGGGGUGGUUCCGCUCAUCUCUCCCUGCAUCACUGCAAACAGCCGCCUCCAAAAUGCUGUUUAGUACGACGCACGCUACGCGUGCAAGAAUGGCGCGCUGCAAUAGAAGGCAUCGUACAAAACAGCAUUCAGGGGCUGGCAGCUUGCAGUGAUUCAGAGGGAGAUGAGCGAAAUUACCCUAGUCUCCAUAAUAUACGACCGUGUAUACGGAUACUCCACCUGAAAUCCGUACCACCCCAGAUUCGUGGUAUGCUGCCUUUAAAACUGUCACUGAUGAGUGUCCUUGACAAGGCAGGAAUUUUGCAUUUAGCGUAA